AUGAAUAAUAUUUUCAUGGAUAUUUCCGUAUUUGGAUUUGCAUCUUUAUUCCUUUCUCUGCAGCUAUUGAUAAAUUUCGUAAGUUCACAAACAGGCCAAGACGCAAAUGAAACCGUCACGACCAACACGACGCCGGAAGUAAACAAGCGCAUAAUUGUGGAACAAGGGGUCUUAGAGGGUACAAUAUUUGGCACUAAUCUCUACGAUAUUGUCAAAGAAACAUUUGAUGUGAAACCGGACAGCAAUGGCAAUGGUGCGACGACGGCGAUGGUGGACGAUAUUACCGCUGAUGUGUCAGUCGGUGGCAAUGAGGGCGAAACUACCUCGGAGGGCACUACCACUACCGAAAAUACUUGAAGUUUAAGCAAACUAGUCAGCUGUGUUAGGGCCCGGUGGUAAAAGGUAACUCGAGGGAAUCUUUUACGUUAUGAUUGACCGUAUACAUUAGUUCAAUAAAAUGAAAAUAAAUAAAUAAAUUCAUUUCAACAUUUUGGGUGGCCAUUACAGAUGGUUUGAUCUCCCUCCUCCUGAUUGACCCGCUUUAUGUACAUACACGGCCUUCGACAAAUAUUGAUUUUAUCAAAAAUUGCAUAGAAACGAGUUAGGUGAGUAAAUGCUAUGAUAGAGCCGGCUGAUUUCUGCAGUUCAUCAAGUCCUGUCGGAGUGGUUGGAUCAAAUCAAAUCAUGAAUACGGCAUAGUGACGUUCCGCAUGACACAGGUGUUCUCGAGGCAUAAUUGCUUCGGGAUGUAGGUACCUGUGGCGAAUCCCCGGUUAGGAGUCUACAUCAGUGUGUCACCAAUGUUGCAACUGACUCGAAGAGACGGCCCGACACACGGUGGCUGAUGGGAAAAUAAUAUCUCUUUCCAGAAUGCAAGCCGCGGAUUUGUUGUCCAGUCGAACCGCUGCUAUAUCGUUAUUAAAAUUUAUAUUGAUAUUAUCGAUAAAUUGAAUCAGACCUUUUAAAUAACAAAUCCUUUUAGCAGUUAAAAUAAAUAAAAUAAAACAAUCAAACCAAGAAUAAAAUAUCACAAUUUAUUAUUGUUUACUUCGUAAAAAACUUCAAGAAACGAUAGGAUCCUAUUCGGAAUUGUUUGCUUGACUGUACAUGAUAAAUCAGCGUUUUAAUGAUGCCAAACUGUGAGAACAUUUUCGCACAGAAAAGGCUGUUUUAGAAAUCUAUGAAACUUAGGAGCGACCAAGAUCCUUUCGUGUACAUUGAUGUUUAUGUGCGUUAUU